GACCCAGGGCCCGCCCCGCUCCCAGUCGCUGCCCACGCUCGCGGGGCGCGCCCCGCUGAUCCAGCCCGCGCGGCCGCCCGGCACCCUGGGCUUCACCGGGGCGGGCUUCGACUCUGCGCCCGGGGGGCUGCCGAGGUGGACGAGCACCAGCACGAGGCUGGCAUCCCGCCAGGCGUUCGAGGAGAAGUCUGCUUGGGCGCAGGACUCCUUCGACAUCCACCGGCCCAUCCAGCAGCGUUUGGUCCGUCGCACGAACGAGAAGGCGUGGCGGUUCACCGAGCACGGCAACAAGCUCGCGCGCAGCCUCAACGAGGAGUUCGCCCGGGACUCCGCGGCCACGGCGUGGGACCUGUGGAG